UGACCGCUUAUGUUUACCUCUGGAGGUUCAUGAGCUUCGGGAAUUGGUACUUCAUCUUUUAUGGAAUCUCGACUGUUCCAGCAUGUGCAAACCAUCUAUUCCUGACACUUGUGGUGAUUCCUGACUUAGACAAAGAUACAUCCUUAAAUAACCUUACACAGCAGAGUUUGAUGUGGCAGGAUUACAGUGAUGAGAGUCAAGAGCAUGAAAGGUAUUUUAUCAUUUUUAACAAUCUUUGCAUCAUAUCUAACGGAUGUUUCUUAUUUCAAGCUUGGCAAAUAAGUUUUACAUCAUAGCGUCGCUCCUUUGCAUUAGCGCGAUCACUUUGGUUCAUGACCUACACAGAAGAAUCACGCACCAUAUAGAAACUUCGACUUGAAAGAAGCUCUGAAACUGUUGACUUUGUACAGAUUCGUCAUGCUGGAUUUUGACUCAAUGGUUCGCUUCAGAAAUGCCGUUGACCAGGUCAUGGAAUGGUUCGCCCCUAUUCUAAACUUCCUCUGUAUGGCUAACAUCUGCUGUUUCUGAUUCAUACGCCCCAUAAUACAACUUGCCGAUACUUUAGCAUUCCUCUAUUUUUACUGCAUGUUUUACCUCUUGAGGUUCCCUCAGCUGUAUUCAUAUAUCACCAAGAUCGAGGAAAUGGGAAUUUAUUUUUGUGCGUGCUUCUCAUGGAGCUGGAUCAACCCAUUCGGCAGUGACUUUGAGUGUGAUUUUGUAGAACAGAAAUCUGUGAAGAUAUCUGAAGAUGUAGAGAUGGCAAGUUUUGAAGAAAGCAAGCUCUGGAUCACCCGAAUGGGAAAUAAAGAACAGAAUUAUAAAAAGAAUAAAGAAGAGCAUCAAUUAAGUGAUUCUGUAGAAUCUAGCAAGGAUAGCAGACUUAGUUUUGAUUCAAUUAUGUCUAAUGAUGUUUACGUUCCUAAUCCAAUCUGAACACAAUGAGGGAAUAAGCUCCGUCCAGAUGUAAUGCAUUCCUGACCAUAUGAAAGAAACCACACUCAUGAGGAAGGAGGAGUAGGCUCUCAAUGUAGUAUGCCAGAAAGACAGAGAAAUCAAGGUUCUUACUCAAGGAAUGAAAUUGAAGAAGAGAAGGUUCCUCUACCACAUGAUAGACCAAUCUACAGAGGAUUUUAUGCUGCUAUUGGUGAUGCUGAUAUUCCCAUUGAGGAGAAAAUUGAGAGAUUCAAGACAACCAUUGACGACUUUGAGUUCCUUGAGAAGCAGUAUAAAUGCAUGAUUUGCAUCACCGAAUUCAGACUUAAGGAUAUAAUAGUCUCCUUACCUUGUUAUGAAAGCCAUGUGUACCACUACGCAUGUUACAGAGCCUACAUCACUUCGUUCAUAGAACAGGGUAAAAAUCCAAUAUGUCUUCGCUGAAACAAGAAUAACUUGGAUAGCAUAAAAUUAAAUGACAGCGGUGUGGAAGAAGCAAAAAUGAUACCUCAGUUCAGCAUAGGAGACAUGGUCCAGAAUACUAUUAGGACUCAGUAUACGAAAGCAAAGGAGAAGAUUACUCAGCUAAAGCUGAGGAUCAUUGGGAAUAAAUAUCUUACCGGAAAUUACAAGUGAGUAAUUUGUCUAGAACACUUCUUGGUUGGAGAAGAUAUAGUCCCCUUACAAUGCAAUCGGAAGCACACCUACCAUUACUAUUGCUUGUUGAACCACAUUCGAAGGGAAGAAGACUGACAAAGAAGGCCUCAGUGCCUGAAAUGAAGCAGAGUAUACUUGGAUGAGAUAGAGGUUGAUAUGAGGAACGGACCAAGCAUUCCUAUAGAACCUGAAAUACGCAUUAUGAAAGUGACACAUCCUUACUUAAUGCACUCUGAAUCUUCAUCAUUCUAAAAUCCCUAGCUUGCUUGUAAUAUACGUUUAAUGGUGAAUAUUUCUGAAGGGAUAAAAUUCAAGGGUCAUUGUUUACGAAUAAGUAAUCUCGUGGUUUUCUGAAUUUCCUCUCCAGCGAUCGACAUCAUAGGUUCUUUUACCCAAGUCUUGGAGGCAUGAAUUUAGACUUGUUUGACUAAAUUCGCUACUAAUAGGGCUAAUAUAACGCAAAAAUAAGGGAAAUUGCUUUUAAUCCAUGAAGGUAUCUUUAUGAUUGAAGAACUCGAUUAGCGACUGAGGGAGCACUAAUUUAGAUAUCUCUAAGUAGUGGUGAAACGGGUAAAUUUUGUAUUUCUGAUCUAUUAUAAACCAUCUCUUGUUCUCACUGAAUCUCUCUGGAUAGUAAAUGCCAGUCAUAGUUUGCUUGUUUUAAUAGAAAUGGGGAUCAUUGAAUACAUUCAGAUUUUCUGUCUAAAUUACAAACAUGAUAUUGCUAAAUUA